GCGCCGCCAUUGGCUGGCGGAGUGCGGGUUAAGAGGCCGGCCAUUGGCCGCGCCGCUGCUUCCUCCCCUGCCGGGGCUGCUCGCUGCCGAACGGGUCGCUCUUAAGGGAGCGGAGGGGGCGCUCACUUCGCGUGCGCGCUGGAACCGAAUGGCCCGGGCCGAGGAAGGCAGACGAGUGGGCAGGGCGCAUCCGCGCAGCGCAGCGGGCCCGAAUUGGACGGCUUGUGAAACUGCUGCAAGCACGGGAAGCUGGUUCUCGGCCCUGCGGCUCCAGGCAGUGAAUCUAUAGCUGUUGUGCCUUGUGAAAUCUGGGUGCACCUCCAGCCCAGAUCAUCUUGCAGCAUCUUUACAGCCAACCACCUUCGUCCUUAUGAGAAUAUUGGACUCCUUUCCUCACAAGCCCACAAUGGCAGUGGAUGUAGCCAUGCAGGUCUACCUGCGCACGCCCUACUUGCGAAGGGAGAGUUUUGCCUGCAAAAAUGCUCCGAAGCCGAAGACGCCUUUGCGGCCUUGCAUCCACUUGAACAGCAACACCGAGCUAAACGAACUGGGGAAGGAAGUCAGAGCUCUGCAGAGCAACCGGGUGAAAAAGAGGGUUUCCUUUGCGGACAGCAGGGGCUUGUCUCUCACGGUCGUUAAAGUGUUCUCCCAGUUUGACGAGCCGUUGGAUAUCCCGUUUAAUAUCACGGAACUAAUAGACAACAUUGUGGGCCUGACGACCGUGGACAGAGACGACUUUGUCUUGGAUUUCGUACAGCCUUCUGCAGAUUAUUUGGACUUCCGGAAUCGCCUCCAAGCUGACUACGUCUGCCUUGAAAACUGCAUGCUGAAAGAUAAAGCCAUUGCCGGCACCGUGAAAGUCAGGAAUCUUGCAUUUGAGAAGGCUGUGAAGAUCCGGAUGACAUUUGACACCUGGAAAACCUUCACAGACUACCCCUGCCAGUAUGUUAAGGACACUUAUGCAGGUUCAGAUAAGGACACGUUCUCCUUUGAGGUCAGCUUGCCGGAGAGAGUUCAACCCCAUGAAAGAAUAGAGUUUGCUGUGUGUUAUGAGUGUGAUGGCAAGGUAUACUGGGACAGCAACAAAGGCCUCAACUACAGGAUCAUACGGUCUGAACUCAAAUCUGCCCGGGAGAUUUCUCAGCCGCAGGGCGGACCUGGCUUUGGGAUUGCCUUUGACCAGUUUGGAAGCCCCCGGUGUUCCUACGGCCUGUUUCCUGAAUGGCCCAGCUACUCGGGGUAUGAGAAACGCGGGCCUUACUACUGAAUGAAAGACCUGGGCUCUGUAUUUGCAAACAAUCCUGCUCAGCAAACUCCUGGGAGUUUUGCUGCAAGGGCACAGUUGAGAAAGGAGGCUCGCAUGUUUUGAGUUGGCAGAAACUGAAACUAAAGGACUUGUGAAACUCCUGACUGCAGGUGGUUUUUAAAAACAGGUGCUCUUUGCAUCAUCCUGGAUGUGAUGAAUUUAAACAGCUAGAAAAGGGGAGAUCUCUUUGCUGUCUUAAGACUAGUGCUGGAGAUUCACCACAGUAUUGCAAGCCGUACAGAGAAAUGUUUGCCUAGCUUCACCUGUUGAGCUAUGGAACCCUACUGGGGUACACAUCUCCAAAAAGCUAUUCCAUGUUUGACAAGGAACUAUGCAGACAAUAUCCAGCCUUGUGAGGGAGCUAUGCUAGCAUCUUCCCUUAUCUACUUUGUCCGAUCUGGAAGAGACCAAGGCGUUCAAAUAGAAGUGGCUGUAAUUUUAGCUUGUAUUAUGACUCUGCUCCCUUCCAUUUUAGGAAAUGCCUUCAUUUGUGGGAAGAUACCAGGGUGCUUACUCACUGUUCUGCCCUUUUUUUUUUACGGGAACAGUAUGUUUUAAGUUCUUCACAAUGGCUGAGGCAGGAGAGUCUUUUGGGAAGUCAUUCAUGUUAUAAUCUCGUAGCCCCUGAGCAAAAUGUGCGUGUUAGAGUAGGUUGAGGGGCUGCGAUCUUAUUAAUGUGCCUUGAACAACUACUUUGGGUCGGCUGCAAAGAGUAAAAAUAAUCUAUUUUUUUAUGAACACGUAACUUUUCAUAUGACCAUUUUAUUUAAAUGUAUUUCUUUUGAGGCCGGUAUAGUUGUCUGGUUAAAUAACUGUUUUGUUUUACUACUUCCCCAUCCCCGUUAAUUUUAUAAAAUUGAGUGUUACUGACAAAAUCAAAUAAAGGUUAUCGACUUGUAUGAGGAAUAUUCGUUAUGUUCAGUGCAACAUCCCUCCCCCACUGCUCACUCACAGGAGGAGGAAGGACUGUAUAUUGGUGAUACAGCAUGUGUUCUCUGCAUGCAGAAAAGCCCAGGUUUAAACCCAGGCAUUUCUGGGUAGGACAUGGAGAGACCCUGAUUGAAACCACUUUUGGGCAGUGUUGACCGUACAGAGCUAUGCAGCUAAUGGACUGACCUAGUAGAAGGCAGUUUUGUGUGUUCCUGUAGGCUAGGAAAGGAGAGUGCAGAAAGGGCAGGAGGAAGCAAGGGCUGUGGAGCCAAAAAAAA